AUGAGAUAUGUAAAAGAGGGGCCAACAGGACCUACAAAAGAGGGGCCAACAGGACCUACAAAAGAGGGGCCAACAGGACCUACAAAAGAGGGGCCAACAGGACCUACAAAAGAGGGCCAACAGGACCUACAAAAGAGGGGCCAACAGGACCUACAAAAGACGGUCAACAGGACCUACAAAAGAGGGCCAACAGGACCUACAGAAGAGGGUCAACAGGACCUGCAAAAGAGGGCCAACAGGACCUACAAAAGAGGGCCAACAGGACCUACAAAAGAGGGCCAACAGGACCUGCAAAAGAGGGCCAACAGGACCUACAAAAGAGGGGCCAACAGGACCUACAAAAGAGGGGCCAACAGGACCUACAAAAGAGGGCCAACGGGACCUACAAAAGAGGGCCAACAGGACCUACAAAAGAGGGGCCAACAGGACCUACAAAAGAGGGGCCAACAGGACCUACAAAAGAGGGGCCAACAGGACCUACAAAAGAGGGGCCAACAGGACCUACAAAAGAGGGGCCAACAGGACCUACAAAAGAGGGGCCAACAGGACCUACAAAAGAGGGCCAACGGGACCUACAAAAGAGGGGCCAACAGGACAUACAAAAGAGGGGCCAACAGGACCUACAAAAGAGGGCCAACAGGACCUACAAAAGAGGGGCCAACAGGACCUACAAAAGAGGGCCAACAGGACCUACAAAAGAGGGGCCAACAGGACCUACAAAAGAGGGGCCAACAGGACCUACAAAAGACGGUCAACAGGACCUACAAAAGAGGGGCCUACAGGACCUACAAAAGAGGGGCCAACAGGACCUACAAAAGAGGGGCCAACAGGACCUGCAAAAGAGGGGCCAUCGGGACCUACAAAAGAGGCCGAAGGAUAUGA